AUGACACCGCCGGCAUCAUCGGCGACCGCAGCCCGACAACAAUCCGACCAGAACACCGCCGCUCCUGGUAACAGCGGCACCAGCAAACAACAGCUCAGCUGCGCAAACUGCCGCCAUCGCAAGAUCAAAUGCGAUAAGCUACAGCCUCGGUGCAAGCAGUGCGAGCGCUCCGACCUCGACUGCGUCUUCCCCUCCCGGAAGCGGAACCGCAAGCCGCGCCAGGGGAGGCAGAACGAGCUGCUGAAUCGCAUCACCCGUCUGGAGAGCAUCGUCAGCAAAGUCGACUCUGGUAACGUGGAUGGAGUCGUCAGGGGUGGCGGUAGCGGGACCCCAACCGGCUCGGCGGGAGGAGCGGUGCCCCCUGCGGCCUUGCUCACGGCUGCCGUCUCAUCGACGCCGCAUUCCAUAUCGGCGGCGACGGGCCGAAGGGGUCUUGGUGGCGACUCGGUCCCGGGCAUGAAUGACGCGGAGCCGUCGCCGCCCGGAGCGGGGUGGGACUCCCAGCCUGCCCCGCCGACCAACUACAUGAGCGCCGAGUUCUGGGAGAAUCUGUGCCAAGAGGUCGAGGGCAUGAGACAGGCCUUGGAUCAGCCCUCCGACAGCGAAGGGUCCGACGAUGAGGAGCCAGGAGGUCAGGGCCAGCAGGGCCAGCAGCAUCAGCACAGCACGACGAGCCCCGAGUCAUCCACCGCCAAUAAGGGCCAGACGCCUCCCGCGCUGUCUGGGCUCAUCUCCAGCUUCGUCACGGGCGGGGACGAGCCGCUGAGGCACCCGCCGCGGGAUCACAUCAUGUACAUGUGCGGCAUCUUCUUCUCCAACGUCGAUCCGGCGUUCAAGGUCAUUCACCGGCCGACGGUCUCUGUCGAGCUGGAAGGGUUCGCGAACGCUGUGAAUAAGCACAUCGAUGAUGCGACGGAGGCCUUGUUCUUUUCCAUGUACUAUGGUGCCGUCACCAGCUUGACAAACGAGGCUUGUCUGAGGAACUUGGGGGAGGAGAGGAGCGUGCUCGCGCAGAGGUACCGGGAGGGCGUUGAGAGGGCGCUUCACAAGGCGGAUUAUCUCAACAGCACUGAGAUUCGGACCCUUCAAGCGCUGACUUACUACGUGUGCUUCCUCCGCUCACACAACGCCAGCCGUGCCUCAUGGGCCCUCAUCCCCCUCGUCGUCCGCCUCGCCCAGGCCCUCCACCUUCACCGCGACGGCGUCAACCCCCCUCUCCCGCCCUUCGAGGCCGAGAUGCGCCGCCGGCUGUGGUGGAUGAUUGUCGUCCUCGACAUCCGCGCCGCCGAGGACCGCGGCACCGACGCCGCCAUCCCGCGGCAGUCCUACAACACCCGCCUGCCUUUCAACCUCGACGACGACGACUUCGGCCCCGGGACGACGGAUCCGCUCGAGGACAGGACGGGCCCGACCGAGAUGACGUUUUGCCUGUGCACGAGCAUGUCGUCGGGCAUCUUUGGCAACCUGCGGCCGCGGCACCCGCAGCUUGCGCUCGACAACGACGGCACGCCGGAGCCGACGACGUCAGAGGAUGAGAUUAUGGCGCACGCGCAGCGUCUCGAAGCGCUCUUUGGCACCGCGCCGGCCAAAACACCUGCAUCGGACGGCGAUGGCUCUGGUGGCGGUGGCGGCGGCGGCGACGACGAAGACCAGGACACCCGGCACCUACCCGCCAACCACGCCGCCGUGACGGUGCGCAUCAUCAUCCUCAAAAUGUGGUUAUCUGCACAAUAUCCCUUCACACCGCGCGCCUCCACGGCGACGGCGAAGCCCCGCGUCGCGCGGGAGACGAUGCUCCGCACGGCGGUGAACACGAUCGAGCUGGUCGAGUAUAGCUCCGCGACCUACCGCGAGCGGUUCGGGUGGUGGAUCGACAGCUACGUGCAGUGGCACCCGCUCGCCGUCGCGCUGGCGGAGCUGUGCGUGCAGACGCGCGGGGAGCUGGUGGAGAGGGCGUGGCGCGUGGUGGAUCGGAACUUCCACGGGAUGAGGGAGCGGAUCGCGGAUACGAGGCGGGGCACGCUGUGGAGGCCGCUGAAGAAGCUUUUGAGACGGGCGAGGGCUGCGAGAGCGGAGGCUAUGAUGGGGGCGUUGAAGUUGGGUGAUGGUGGGAGGGGGGCGCCUGUGACUGCUGCGGCGGCGGCGGCGACGGAGCAGAAGGGGGCUGCGAGGAGGACGGUGGAGGUGCCGCAGCAUGAGGAAGAGGAGGAGGAGGAGGAGGAUGACGAUGAGGAUGUUGAUGAUGAUGGCGAUGGAGACGUGGAUGUCACGGGUGUUCAGGAGCCAUCAGUUGCCGCGGCGGCGGCGGUGGGAGGCCACGGUGUGAGUAUGGGAACAUUACACCCAGCUUUCAGGACAGACCGUAUCGGCGGUAACAACGCUGCCGCUGCUGCUUGGCAAGGAGGCGGCUCCAUACUGCCUCCCACGAGUAUGCCUUUCGCGACGACAAACACAGUCGGUUUGGGUGGUCCCACGCCGAUGGCGGUUGACCCGUCGAUAGCGGCGGCGGCCGGGAUGCCCGCGACAUCACUGCCUCCGUCAACGUCGGCGCCCAUGAACCCGCCGUUCGGGCUGACGCCGGAGGACAUGGCCAUGUUUGGAGGAACGCCGCUGUUCAGUAACCCGCAGGACCUGAUUGCGCAUUUCGGGAUCCAGAUGGAUGCCGGAGACUUUGGGUGGGAUCCGAGUUCGUGGGACGAGUUUGUCGUUGAUGCGAAUAUGGAGAGGUCACCUGGGGACGACGGGUGA